AUGAUCGACGUGGAAGAGGAGAGACGGAGCGCGGGAGAGGAUUUCUGCGUCAACUCGGUGCGAUUCACGGAGAGUAGACCGCUCACGGAGUGCGCGACGCGUCCGUCCGCGAGCGACGGAGCGAAUCGGAGCGUCUGUGCGGACAGAGGAGGAGACGGAGGUGGAGGUGCAGUCGGUGGUGCUCGAAGAGGGCUGCCGUUCAACAUGACAAGGGACAAUUCCACCGGCGUGAGUGAUGGUGGUGGAGGUGGCGGUGGGCCCCACGUGUCCACCGCGUGUCCCACGGGGUCAGACCAGGCGCGCCGCUACCGCACAGCCUUCACGCGCGAGCAGAUCGGGCGCCUGGAGAAGGAGUUCUACCGCGAGAACUACGUCUCGAGGCCACGCCGGUGCGAGCUCGCGGCCGCCCUCAACCUGCCCGAGACGACCAUCAAGGUGUGGUUCCAAAACCGGCGAAUGAAAGACAAGCGGCAGCGUCUGUCCGUGACGUGGCCCGCCCCGUCGGACCCGGCCGGCUUCUACUCCUACAUGGUCACGCAGGCCACCGCCGCCGCCGCCGCCGCCACCGCUGGCCUCCCUUACGCCUUCUCCGCGGCCCACCUGCCGGCUCACCUGCACGGCGGCGGUGGUGGUGGUGGUGGCGCGCUGUACCCGGUGGCCCUGCUGCGGCCGCUGGACCCGUUUCGGGCCCUCGAACACGGAGGCGGCGGGGGGUACCCUCGGCCUGAGCUGCCGUGCGGGUUCCGCGCGCCGCCGCCGCCGCCGCCGCCGCCGCCCCUCUACCCCACGUUCCACGCGCUGCCGUGCCCGUGCGUGGCGUGCGCUCACGCGGCGGUGUCCGCGGCCGGCGGGAGAGGGGGAGGCCCCCGUUCGGAUGCGGCGGGGGCGGCCGCUGCUGGGGCGACCGCAGGGGCGGCGACCGUGGGCGAGCGGGCCAACCCGGACCGCUCGCCCACGCCGGCCGGGGGCGCCGCCGGCUUCGCGGUCCCUGGGUCGUGCGGCGGGACCGUCGCCGGGGUCGGCAGCCGCUUUCUCCCCUAUGCCGCGGCAGCGGCGGCAGCGGCGGCCGCGGCGCUGCUCGCCACCAAACCCACCGCACGGACAUCACACGAGCACAGAGAGGUGCGCGGCUCGCUGACGAGGUGA